CCGGCUAAGGCGCCUGCGCGGGCGGGCGGGCGUGCCCCCGGAAGCAGUUCCUCGGCCUGUGACACGUAGCAACAGGGCUACCGCCGGGUCUGGAGCUGAGUUGGAGGGGUUACUAGGGGCCGCUGGAGCCGCCGCUGCCGCCGCCGUAGCGUUUGAUCGUUGGCAAUGUCAGGCUUUGAUAACUUAAACAGCGGUUUCUACCAGACGAGUUACAGCAUCGACGAGCAAUCGCAGCAGUCCUAUGACUAUGGAGGAAGUGGAGGACCCUACAGCAAGCAGUAUGCUGGCUGUGACUACUCACAGCAAGGCCGAUUUGUCCCUCCAGACAUGAUGCAGCCACAGCAGACAUACACUGGGCAGAUUUACCAGCCAACUCAGGCCUAUCCUCCAACAACACCUCAGCCAUUCUAUGGAGACAGUUUUGAGGAGGAGCCCCCUCUGUUAGAAGAGUUGGGUAUCAAUUUUGACCACAUUUGGCAAAAAACGCUAACGGUGCUACACCCCCUGAGGGCAGCUGACGGCAGCAUCAUGAAUGAGACCGACUUGGCAGGGCCAGUGGUGUUCUGCCUUGCCUUUGGGGCCACGCUGUUACUGGCUGGCAAAAUCCAGUUUGGCUACGUAUACGGGAUCAGUGCAAUUGGAUGUUUAGGAAUGUUUUGUUUGUUAAAUUUAAUGAGUAUGACAGGUGUGUCAUUUGGUUGUGUGGCAAGUGUCCUGGGGUAUUGUCUUCUUCCCAUGAUCCUGUUGUCCAGCUUUGCAGUGGUAUUUUCUUUACAAGGAAUGGUAGGAAUUCUUCUCACUGCCACAAUUAUUGGAUGGUGUAGUUUUUCCGCUUCCAAAAUUUUUAUUUCUGCAUUAGCUAUGGAUGGACAACAACUUUUAGUGGCAUAUCCCUGUGCUUUGUUGUAUGGAGUCUUUGCCCUAAUUUCUGUCUUUUGAACUGAUUUUUGUCUGGGACAUGAAUAUCAGUGGACCGAAUUCAUAAAAAGGACCUUGGACUCUUAAAAUUGGACCAGCAAACAACUGCAGUGCAGCUCGUUCUGCUUCCCAGUAGCCUGGAAGUGGGAGAAAUAGACAUUUGUACAGGACAGUUGAACACCGUGGAGUCACCUGAGUCGGCUUGUUCUGAGUGUUUGUGCUUACACAGCCAAGAAGGACGACGAUUUCUUUUCUGAUCCUACAGCCUUUAACAACUCUUUUUCCUUACAAAUUAUAAUAGAAUGUUUUUGAUAGAUUUUUACUAAGUGGAAAACCAACCACAAAGCUGAUAAUCUUUCUCAAAAACAACCCAGUUAUAGUAAAGAAGAAACAAGUUUUACUGCAGAAAUAUUUUUCAAAGGAAUUAGGAAAGAAAAUAGUUGCUGUGUCCUCAAGUUAAGUGCACUGAAGUAAAGCUGAACAAAACCGAAUUCCAACCUAGAGCUUUUUGAGUUUGCACAUCAAAUAUUUGACAUUCCUGUAAAUUGUCUCAUGAAACUUAUGCUGAGAUUCAGAGAUACAAGCAGUUCACAACCUACCUUACUAUAGAGAUGAAAUAUGAACAACUAUUUAGACAUUAGUGUCAACUAAAUCUGGACUGGCCACGUGAAUGCUUAGUUCUGUCUCCACAUGUCCCACGAAAAAGAAAUCACUAAGUUUUUUUGAGAAAACAAUAUUUAAAAUUUCACAAUUUCAGUAUUGCAUUAUCAAUGUAUAGUGGAUUUGAUGCUUAUUAAAUUUUUCCCAAUUAACUCUGCUGUGGAGUUUACUUUCUCUAAACUACUGUUCUCUGUCUUUUCAUUAGGGUUUGAUUUUUCACUUCUGAUAUAAACUCAGUUUUAAAAGUAGAAGUAACCUAGUGUACAGUCAGGCAGAUACAAAGUUAGAAGGUGUUUACUUUGAAUGACAGUAUUAACUUCCUGACUUUAAAUUCACUUGGUUUAUAUCAUUAUUACAGAUUCUGGAGACAGAAUCUGCAGGGACAUGUUACAUGUCUUGUGUGUGGACUCCUGGCUUUUAAACCGUCUCAGAUUUUGGACAAUUCUCAGUAGUAGUUAAGAACAAGAAUGAGAUAGAAAAUAAGGUUUGACCUUUUUAUAAGACGAGACCAGCAGCCAAAAGAAAAAUGCUAAAUUAAUAUAUGUCUACUAUUUAUUAGAGUAAAUUUUCACAUAGAAAAGAAGCGUCACACAUGAUUUUCUUACUUUAUUCUCAGUAUUCUGGGUUUCAUACUGAUGCUAAGUUUCAGACUAUACUUUGACACUUAAUAAAUUGCUUUUGAAACUUA